AUAAUUUUGUGCAUGAAUGUUGGAAACACUGACGUAUUGUUUUAUUAUGCAUUGUAGGUCUUAUCAUUUUUUAAAGUAAAAUAUUAAAUUCGCUUUGCCUGUGUAUUUAAUGGUGAUAUUUUGUCGUCUAAAUCAAACAUAAUUAUAUCUUUGUUAUGUAGAGUUAUAUCUACUUAAUUUUGAAGAGCAUUUUACCAAAAUAUAUUUACAUAUUUAUUCAUAUACGCUGCAUGUUAGUUUAAUUUAUGGUUUUUGGUAAUAAGGUACAUUUUCUUAAACAAGUUUUGAAAUGGCUGGGUUUGCUUUGAAAGUUAAGACAAAGUCAGGACAAGUUGUUGUAAACGGGUUGACGCCCAAAAGUACGGUGGCAGAUUUAAAACACAAGUUGUCAGCUGUUACUAGUAUCAAAGAAAACUGUUUGCACGUCCUGGCAGGCUAUCCGCCUAAGCCCAUUAAUUUAAGUGUUGGUGAUGCAACUUUGGAAACUGUGAACAUUAAUUCAGGUGAUACUCUUAUUGUCGAGGAGAAACAAGCAACACAGCUUCUGAAACUUGAGGACUCUCCAAGACAUCAUGUUUCUGAAGAUACUGUAAGCGCAGGUAUUCUCAUGAAGAAAGUUGUUCCCGCAGAUAACUCAUGUUUGUUUACGAGCAUUGGAUUUGUACUUUCGGGCAAGGUGGAUUUGACUUGCUCGUCCUAUAUGCGCCAAAUUAUCGCAGAGACUGUUUCCGGCGACAAGGACAAUUAUUCGGAAGCCAUACUCGGGAAGCCGAAUCCUGAGUACUGCCAGUGGAUUCUGAAGCCGGAGUCGUGGGGAGGCGCCAUCGAGCUGUCCAUUCUGUCAAACUUCUACGGACUGGAAAUAGCAGUCGUUGACACACUCAAUGCAAUCAUUAAUCGAUUCGGUGAAGAUCACUCAUAUGCACACAGAGUAUUCCUCAUGUUUGAUGGCAUUCACUAUGACCCUCUUUAUUUGGAGCCAUUGGAGGGGGACGGCAUCCGGACGAUCUUCUCGGCGGAGGACGAGGGCGUGCUGGAGCAGGCUCGCGAGCUGGCGCACGAGGCCAAGUCGAGCCGGCAGUUCACGGACGUCAACAAGUUCACGCUCAAGUGCCUGGUGUGCGACUGCCUGCUGACGGGGCAGGUCCAGGCGCAGCUGCACGCCAAGGAGACGGGCCACAUGAACUUCGGGGAGGUGGCAUAGCCUUCGCCUCCGCCCUUCCUCUCUCCCCGCCCGCCCUCUCUCCACUCGUGCGAGGAGGCACGCUAGUUCCCCCGCUGCAUGCCCACUGAAUUAACGACUUCCAGCAUUUCACUGCUCAGAUGCUUCUUCUAAAUCAUACAAAAUAGAACUCCAACAUUAAAGACAUUUUCAAACAUUUUCCCUGUUUUUUUUCUUCUUCUUCCAAGUACAUGCAUUUAGGGCAGCUCAGUUAGUUUCGCACAUUCAAAGAAUUUCGUAACAUUGUAAAUAAUAUUCUCAUUCUCGAAAACUAAUAUUUCUCUUGAUUAUGUUAAUGGGUUCUUGUAUUUUUGCUAAGAUUUGAGUACGAUAUUGUUUUUUUCGUUUUACAUUUUUCUAUAUGUGUAUAUAUAUCUACAAAUGAAUUAAGUAAAUCUAAUAAUGUAACUAUGCAUUGCACUUUUUUUGCAAGAUUUAUAUUUUAAUGGUUUUUAAAGCUGGUAAGAAAGUGUUAAUUUAUUAGCCUGUAUUUGUGUUCACUCAAUUUUAGAUAGUACAAAUUUAAUCAUUUAUAUUUGUUUUACGGUAAUGAAUUAAAGCAUUUUUUAUUUGUUAACUUGAUUCAUGUAUGUCUAUUUUACAAAGAAAUACAUAUGUUUUUUUGAAUCUA